AGUAAGUUCUGUGAUAAAGUGUAACCAUUAAUUAUUCCCUUGGAACGGAGAUACCUGGAAAUUGGAAUGCAGCAGUAAACACAAACGUUGUUUGAGCAGAUCACGAUAUGGCUCUCUGCUCUUGCAUUUACUGCCUGCCGUCUUUUCGCCGUCGAAGUUAAUGGGUGGAUAAUCCGAGAAGUGGAAAAGCAGUGAACUGCCAUACGGAAAGGAUUUCAAUUAAUUGCCGUUUAAUAUCCUCAGUUUUUCUCAAAUGCUCUUCAGCCAAUGAAUUACUUUUGAAGUAUAAUGUAGGCAGAAUGUACAACUUCCUGAAUCAGUAACAAGUUGAAUUUCUUGGCAGCUUAUUUCAUGGGGUUGCAAUGAAAAAUGAAGACUGUGCUUCCCUCCUUAUGGAAAAUAAAACAGCAUCUCACGGACUGCAUUUAUUUUAUCCUCACAAUGUAUUUGCCGGCUGGUGGUGUAGUGGCACCUGCAUGGGACUUUGAGCCGGAGAUGUGGACAAUAUAGUAUGAACCAAGUACAUUCCAAGAACAGUAUGGAGAAGCCUCAUUAUGAACGAUCUUGCUCCCAGGAUUCCCUGGAUGAACUUUCAAUGGAUGACUACUGGAGUGAAGUAGAACACAUCCAGAAAAGCCAGGAAAAUGUCCCCGAAGAGCAAGAAGAGGUGGCUAUUAAAGUACCCGAUGAAGGGGAGGUGGAGGCAGAGUGGCUGAAGGAUGCAGGCCUUUCGGGGUUGGUCAGUGGAAAUACCCAGGAAAGCAUCACGUUACUGUCCACCCUGACCCGUACCCAAGCAGAAGCUGUUCAGAGAAGAGUUGAAACAUUUACAAUGACAAUGAGGAAAAGGAAUAAGCAACCAAUCCCAGAUGUCCGAGACAUCUUUAGUCAACAGGUCUCAAGAUCAAGUGAAGCUUCAGCUGUUGCACCAGAAGAUAGUGAAUUGGGCGACGCCACUGAUAAACUGGAAAACCAACUGAUCAGCCUGGAAAUGAAAGAUGAAGGCACUCAACAAACAGCUGAUAUAAAUCUAGAAAUAUCAUAUUCUGAGCAGGCUGCAAACAUGAAAGAAAAACUAAGCAACCUUAAGCUCAAGGGAGACGACGAUGCAUCCCUGCCUAACUACCGUCUCCCAAAGGAUAAGACGGGGACAACCAAAGCAGGAGACCUUGCACCUCAGGACAUGAAGAAAGUGCGCGCCUUGGCUCUGAUCGAACUGACUGCACUCUAUGACACACUUGGUAUAGAUUUCAAACAUCAUAAAUCAAUAAAAGUUAAGAUUAAAGAAACUGGAUUGUUUGGCGUUCCACUUCCAUUGCUCUUGGAACAUGAUCACAAAAAAGUUCCUGGGACCAAGGUUCCACUUAUAAUUCAGAAACUCAUUUCCCACAUUGAGGAAGAGGGCUUAAACACCGAAGGAAUUCUACGAGUACCUGGACUUGCAUCAAGAGUUAAGUGUUUGUGUGAAGAGCUAGAAGCAAAGUUCUAUGAAGGAACGGUGAAAUGGGGACAUGUACAACAACAUGAUGCAGCAAGUGUACUGAAGCUUUUUAUAAGAGAGUUGCCACAUCCACUCGUCACUCUUGAGUACCUUGAUGCAUUCCUGGCUGUACAAAAUUUAUCGAGUAGGAAACUUCAGCUACAGGCGCUCAACUUGCUGGUGCUUCUCCUCCCGGAUCAGAAUAGGGACACCCUGAAGGCAUUGCUUGAAUUUCUUCAGAGAUUAAUUGACAACAGGAAAAGCAACAAAAUGACCCUAAACAAUGUUUCUGUCGUCAUGGCACCCAACCUGUUUAUGUUUAAAGGGUGUUGCUCAAAGUCAAGUGCAAAGACCCAGUUUGAAAUGGCAACUAGGACAAGCAACAUAAUGCGUUACCUGAUUAAAUACCAAGACCUCCUUUGGACGGUCCCAAAAUUUAUUAUGAAUCAAGUUCGACAGCAAAACAUUGAAAGCCAUAAAAAGCAGUCUAAGGAAAAGGCUAUGAAAAAGCUGCUGAAAAGGAUGUCACACGAUAAAGAUAAGCAAGAUCGGAACCAUACUGAAAGGAAUCUAACAGAUUCUAUAAUACUUCAAGGUGCAAUACGGGUUCAGGCCCCAUCUCUUUCCAAAGUUUCCAUGGCAAUUCAACUAACAGAGGAACUGAAAGCUGGUGAUAUUUUGGCACGUUUCCAACAAUGCCGUGUUAAAAACAGGAUACCUGAAUCUUCCAGUAAAGAUGAAGUUUGUUUAUAUGAAAUUGGAGGAAAUAUUGGUGAACGCUGUCUAGAUGAUGACACAUAUAUGAAGGACCUCUAUCAACUUAAUCCGAAAGCAGAAUGGGUUAUAAAGCCUCGCUGCCAGUGACACUGCUUCAACAAUAGAUUGGCAACAUGGUUAAGUAAAACCAGACAUUAAUGGCCCUGUACAGCAAAGGAGACAUGAAUCAAGCAGACUCACUAUAUGAGGGGUGAUUGAUGUUCGUGGCCUAAGGUAGAAGGAGAAGAGUUAUUAGCUUCAAACUUUCUGCAUAAUCACACGAAGAGUUGACCUGCAUGUGCAUGUAACGAGAGCUGUAUAACUCAUCUCCUUCUACCUUAGGUCACAAACUUAUCAAUCACCCCUGCUGUGAACACUUUCUGGAGGUCCAAGAUCUGUAUGGUCCACAGCUGCAGGACUAAGUGUGUAAAUGUAGGAGGGGACUAUGUUGAAAAAUAAAUGUGCUAGGUUUUCUAAAAUUGAUUCCUUCUACCGUAGGCCACGAACUUAUCAAUCACCCCUCGUAUAGUGAGUCUGCUUGAUUCAUGUUGUCUCCUUUGCUGUACAGGGCCAUGCAGAAGGACAAGAGCUGAACAAUACAGCUACAAUAAGUCAAAUUCAACAGCCAAUUUGCUCUUGGACAGAUAAUGAAAAAUUGCCAGCAUGCUUGAAAAAUAUUUAUGCAAAGGAAACAUGUCCAUAUAUGGAUGACCAUAAAAGAAAUCCAGCAGAUCAGGAAUAUGAUGGGAAACAGACCAAGAAAACUUAACACAGCAGUAAGAUCACAUACACCAGAAGAGAAAAUGGAAUAAAUUAAUCUUAAGGUUUAAAAUACAGUUUGCAUUUCGUAUCACAAAUAAUGGGGGGGGGGGGGGGGGAGCAAAAAUCUCAUGUGCUGAACAUGAAGGAAGUGCAGAAUUUCUACUAAAUUUAAAGCCUCAUCACAGUGAUAUACACAUGUUAUAGAUGUUAUUUGUACUAUCAGAGGUAGCAGAACAAGUGCUCUUGGUCUAACAUUGUGGGCACUGUAAAGGGAUCGUUUCUCCUCCUGACAUUUACUAUCACGUUGAUGCAAUCUAAGGACUUAGCUACCAGACAUAAUGUAUAUUGCCAACACUGAAAUAACAUUGCACAUAAAGCUACUACCAUCUGAGCUGAAGCAUCAAUUCAAACAUAAAGGGCAGAUUCUUAUCAGGAUUUAUGAAAUAAAUUCAGCAUCCUAUACCUUCUUUGCCAGCCGAUGGGCUAAUCUCCUGCCUCAAACAGAAUUGCCGUUCUUCAUGGCAUAUUUCACACUUAGGUUUUUGAUAAUAAAUCUGGCUCUAAUACUGCCCUUUUCCCAAAUCUCUUGAUUCUUUUCCGAUCCAAAUCUCUUAAUUCAAUAUAAUCACUGACUGAGGCACUACAGCCUUUCAGGGUAGAUAAUUCCAAAAAUUCCUCUUUAUCUCAGUUCUAAAAAACCUAUCCAUAAUGUUGAGACCAUCAUUUUAGUCUAGACCCUACAGGUAAUGGACACAUCCUCCUUGAGUGUACUCCAUCAAGCCCCUCUAAUAUUUUUAAAUAUGCCUGUUAAAGUAUCAAAGAAAGGUCAUACAAUUGUGUUGCGUCAAUCUGCUAUUGUAAAAAGGAAGUUCUAGAUUUUUUUUUACAAGUUGAAUAUGCAAUGAAAUCAAUUGCAGAGAUGAAACAUUCUCUGCAAAAUCAAAAUGGGAUGGAUGUUUUGGAAAUGUUUAAUGGAGACAUUAUGCAUGAAGCAAUUCAAUAGAUUUGUUGAAAUAGUCUCCUAAAUUGAAAUAACAGAAUAAUGUACAUUUAUGAUGUCCCUUUUCAUUUAUUCCCAAAAUCUUAAGCAUGUAUGUCAUAAAAAUAUACACAUGCUUUAAAGAGGUUACAUCAAUUACUUUAAAGGUAUUGAUUAAAAAAUUGUAUGAGCAAUUUAAACCACUUGUUGGAUUAUGAUGAAUAUAUUGUAAAUUAAUGUCUGUUUAAUGUACUAAUGUCUAUUGUUUUAAUUCAGUUUUAAAACUGUACAGUCACAUUUCCUAGUCUUGUAAAUAAAAUGUGUAUAUAUUCUACUUCUUGCAAUGCAGCUCCUAAAUUUAACAUUAUUAUUUUUAAAUAACAACAUACUGUAUGUGGGGGAAGGUUUAUAUGGGUUAUAGAAAAUUCAGCAUUGAUACAAACAAAUCAGUGAUAUUUUUUGCUGAUCACUGAAAGCUUGCAGUUUGAACAAAAUAAAAAGAACUAUGAUGAUGUCAUCCAGAAAAUAUCCACAAUGACUAUCUGGAAAAGAAAAUCUAAUGGGAUGAAGUUAUUCAUUGAUGUUUCAUUAAUAUUAUUCAGCCCAAUGUUUACUCCAAUGUGAUUGAAAAAUAGAUAUAUGUGGAAAACACAUGGCAGUUGGUGGAUUUGCACUCUGUUCAUUAAGGGAACAUAAAGGGACAAUUGGAGACUAUGAAAGGCACUAAGUAAAAUGGAAGUGUUUUUCUUUCACUGCCUUUGACAUUCUUUUUUAAAAAGUUAGAAUUACAUUUGUGUUGCUGAUGGAAAUGAUUUGCUGUCCACUGUAAUUGUUUCUGCCUUAUUCAAAAAUAAAAACAGAAAAUGCUGAAAAAAAAUCAAAAGAGCAAGUCGAUUUUCCAGGUCUGUGACCCUUUGUUCCAGCAUUUUCUGUUUUUGUUUUAUUUGUUUCAGAUAUCUAGCAUCUAUAAUUUUUAAAAAAACCUUUCAUCCUUAUUCUUUAAAGCUGAUUUGCCUUUCUGACAAGAGAAAGGAAAUCCUUUCUGACAUAAAAAUAAAUUUUAAAAAAACUUGUA